AUGGGGCAGAGACCAAGUGCCAAAAGUGUUAGCAACUUUGUUAUAUUUCUGUUGAUUUUACAAAACUGCGGCAGGGCACGCACCCAGCAGACCGCACAGACCGAGCAGCAGGCGGGUGGGCGUGAUGGAUUAUCAAAGUUCGAGUUUAGCGUGGAAACUCUUCAUGUUUUUAAUUUUGCAAAAAUAUACGAAACUUUAUACGGCUAUGCCACAGGCAACACCCCAUCUAAACUGAAGACUGAAGGGCGUGCCCAGCUGCCACAGCUGUACCCCGUACCCAGACGGGUCAGCAGGCAGCCGUUCCAUGUGCUGGAGAAACUGCAGCAGGACUUGGAGGCGAAGCUGAAGCGGACCAGCACAUUGAAGCCUUUCAGUGUGCUGCAACAAUUGGUCCUGGAUCAGCAACAGCAGCAGCAGCAGCACUCCGUGCAGUCCAAUGCCAGCUUCCACAUUCUCGAGGCCCUGCACAAGGAUCAGCAGGUGCAUGACAGCAAAACCACGACGCCAAAACCUUUUCGCGUCCUGCAACAGCUGGACAUGGAUCUUGAGGAGGCAAACAGGCACACCACCACAAUGAAGCCCUUCCACAUUGUGAAUGCCCUCAUCAAGGAAGCGGUAAAGCAGCAUCAGCAUCACCUGGAAGAAGAGGAUGCAGCAGCAUUGGAACCGCAGGCGCAGCACAAAGGCGUGCCGCAGGCACAGGGUCGGGCAAAGGAGAGUCAGAAGCGGAAGAGAAAGCGAAUUCGGCGCCGAAGAAAGAGAAUUCGACGACGCAGGAAGCGGACACGUCGGCGCCGUCGAAAGAAGCGCAAAAAGAGACGCAAGAAGCGCAAGAAGAAGAAGCACAAGGGCGACAAGGGUGACAAGAAGAAGAAGAGGAAGAAAAAGGGAAAGCGCAAGAAGAAGAGAAAGAAACAGAAACAGAAGCCGGAGCCAACGCAGGCCCCUGGGCUGGGCCUCUUCCAGCCGGCCCAACUGAUCUUCGCGAAUCCCACCAAGCAGCCCCACUACUACCACCAUCCACAUGACGCCGGAUAUCCCUCCUAUCCCGCCCAGACCCCAUCCCUGACAGUACCCAGCGCCCUGUUGGCCAGCCUAACCACUACGCAGCCUCCGGCGACCACCCAACGUCCCUUCAGCAAGAUCAAGGACCUCCUGCGGCACAACAGCCUCUUCAAGAAGAAGAAAAAGGAGUACCUCAGCCAUGUGGGACAGGUGCUCUAUCCGUUCGUCAAAUUCGUGGCCUUCUUCACGGUUCUCAAUCCCUUCACCCUGGGCGUCUUUCUCUUCACGCUCAUCUCUCCCGCAGUCUUUGGCUUCCUGGGCUUUGUGGCCCUCAGUGUGCUGGUCAAGCCAUUCCUCAAUCUGGUCUUUGGAGUCAAGCAAAAUGUGGAUGCCUUCGAUCGCAAGCGUUUUCUCGCCAACAAGCGGGCCGAAAGACUGAAGCUGGGCCUGCGUCCCGUCACCAUUCACAAGCAUUAUUAUCAGCAGAAGCCGCUCGGCCACUCGGCGCCGCCGCUGAAACUGCGUCCUGUGGGGGGUCACUGGCGGCGGCAAUCGGGACAUUUUCAGGCACCACCACGGCCAUCAGGCUCACCCUCAGCUCCACUUGCUGCACCUGCAGCACCACCAGCCGGACAUAUGAAGCACUACAAUCCCCUACUGCCGGACCACCGCGAGGCACUGGACAUGGAUUAUGACUAUGUCUAG